UGCACUGGUGCUGUGAUCUUUCUCGUGCGGACGCUCUGCGCUUUCUCCGCGCGUCAUGCGGCAGCUUCUUGUCUUUCUCGUUUUUGUCCAGCGGGGUCGCUUCGCCAGCCGAGCUGCUAGCCGUGCAGGUUAACAUUAUAAACUAUCGAGUGCUGAAAGAGAAAGAGAAAUAGACAGUGAAAGCCUCGGAACAUCCACAUAAUCCACACAUAAUCCUCAAUUUUUAUAAAAACCGAUGAAGGCUAAGUGUAUGUAGUUACUUGCUUAGUGGAAUGGAACCGACGCGGCGAGCUGAGGCGCGCCGAGGCUGAGUGCUUGAAGUACGCUUUGCGGAAUCAGGAAAUCCCGAGGUUGUUGGGAGGGUGAAGGCCUGUCCCGUCGCUCCAGGAAAAAUAUCCAAUUAAAACUAACAAGGCAGGUGCAGGGAUGUCGGACAGCGCGGGGCUGCAGCAUGUCAGCCCGUACGCCUUCGAAGCUAUGCAGAAGGUGGACGUGGUGCGGUUGGCGGCCCUCAGCGACCCGGAGCUGAGGCUUCUGCUGCCGUGCCUGGUGCGGAUGGCGCUGUGUGCACCGGCCGACCAGAGCCAAUCCUGGGCACAGGACAAAAAACUGAUCCUGCGCCUGCUGUCAGGGGUUGAGGCCGUCAACUCCAUAGUUGCGCUGCUGUCUGUUGAUUUCCACGCGCUGGAGCAGGACGCCAGGAAGGAGCAGCAGCUCAGGCACAAGGCUGGCGGGUCAAAUGGGGAGAGCGUCUUGGUUUCGCAGCUGCAGCAUGGCCUGACCCUGGAGUUUGAGCACAGCGACCCCCUCAGGAGACUCAGGCUGGCACUGAGUGAGCUGCUGGCAAUAAUGAACAAGGUUUCUGACUCGAAUGGCGAGUUCUUCUUGAAGUCCUCGGAAUUGUUCGAAAGCCCCGUGUAUUUGGAGGAGGUAGCGGAUGUGCUGUGCAUCUUACAAGCAGAGUUGCCCUCCUUGCUGCCCAUCGUGGAGGUCGCAGAGGCCCUGCUGCACGUCCGCAAUGGCGACUGGUUCCUCUGUCUACUCGUGGCUAAUGUCCCGGACAGCUUCAGUGAGGUGUGUAGGGGGCUCAUCAAGAACGGGGAACGGCAGGACGAGGAGAGCGCGGGCGGCCGGCGCCGCACGGAGGCACUGCGGCAGCUCUGCCAGAUGAAUCCCUCGCAGUCCCUCAACGUUCGUGCUAUGGUGGUGGAGGAGUGUCACCUCCCUGGCCUGGGCGUGGCCCUGACGCUGGACUUCAAGCCGGACUCGGCUGACGACGCCGUCAGCCCCCUGGUGUCCUUCGUCAGCGGCCUACUCCUGGGCACCAGCGGCAAAGUGCGCACCUGGUUCGGCAUGUUCAUCCGCAACGGACAGCAGAGGAAGCGGGAGAGCAGCUCGGUGCUCUGGCAGAUGCGCAGACAGCUGCUCCUGGAGCUGGUGGCCAUCCUGCCGCGCUCCCGCAGCACGCGCCUGCCUGACGACGGUGACUCUGAGGGUGGUGGCAGCUCAUCAGGGUACUCCGGCCUGCGGGAGGAGCAUGUGGUGAAGGCCAGUGCCCUGCUGCGGCUGUACUGUGCCCUCAUGGGCAUCGCGGGCCUCAGGCCCACCGACGAGGAGGCCGAGCAGCUGCUACAGCUGAUGACAAGCCGGCCCCCCGCCACGCCGGCUGGUGUGCGCUUCGUCUCACUCUCCUUCUGCAUGCUGCUGGCCUUCCCCACCCUCGUCAGCACGCCUGAGCAGGAGCAGCUGAUGGUGAUGUGGCUCAGCUGGAUGAUUAAGGAGGAGGAGUACUUCGAGAGUGCCGCAGGUGUGUCCGCUUCCUUCGGAGAGAUGCUGCUGCUGGUUGCCAUGUAUUUCCAUAGCAACCAGCUCAGCGCCAUCAUCGAACUGGUCUGUUCCACUUUGGGGAUGAAGAUUGUCAUAAAACCAAGCUCCCUGAGCAAGAUGAAGACCAUUUUCACGCAGGAAAUCUUCACGGAGCAGGUGGUCACCGCCCAUGCUGUGAGAGUCGCUGUCACCAACAACCUGAGCGCCAACAUCACCGGCUUCCUCCCUAUUCACUGCAUCUACCAGCUGCUCAAGAGCAGGGCCUUCACCAAGCACAAGGUCUCCAUCAAGGAUUGGAUCUUCAGACAGCUGUGCGAGACAUCCACGCCGCUCCACACGCAGCUUCUGCCCCUCAUCGACGUCUACAUCAACUCCAUUCUCACGCCAGCCUCCAAGGCCAACCCUGAGGCCACCAACCAGCCAAUCACAGAGCAGGAGAUCCUGAGCGUCUUCCAGGGCCUAACCGGGGGGGACAGCGGCCGCACCCGUUCCCGCUACAGCAUCACCACUCAGCUGCUGAUCCUCUACUACAUCCUGUCCUACGAGGAGGCCCUGCUGGCCAGCACAAAGGCCCUGGCCCUGAUGCAGAAGAAACCCAAAUCGUACUCUGCCACUCUCAUGGACCAGAUCCCCAUCAAGUACCUGAUCCGGCAGGCCCAGGGGCUGCAGCAGGAGCUGGCCGGGCUGCACUCUGCUCUGCUGCGACUCCUGGCAACAAACUACCCCCACCUGUGCAUGGUGGAGGACUGGAUUUGCGAGGAGGAGAUCACGGGCACGCUGCCCCUGCUGCGCAGGAUGCUCCUCACCAGCCCCACUUGCAAGUACUCCCAACAGCAGCUACAAGAGGCCUUUCAAGGGCCCCCCUCCAGCAGCCCCCUGCUGAUGCAGAUCCUCCAGCAUCUGACGCUGCUGUCGGCCAGCGACCUGAUCCCAUACGCAGAGGAGCUGACGGCCAACAUGAGUCUGCUGCUGGGUGAUGGCGUGCCCCGUAGGAUCCUGCAGACCGUCAACCACCUCUGGAUGGUGCUCAACACCGUCAUGCCCAGGAGGCUCUGGGUCAUGACCGUGAAUGCACUGCAGCCUUGUGCCAAGCUCCCACGCCUGCAGAGGUACACUCAGAAUGACCUGAUGAUCGAUCCCCUCAUCGUACUUCGCUGUGACCGUAGAGUCUACAGGUGCCCUCCACUGAUGGACAUCACUCUGCACAUGCUCAAUGGCUACCUUCUGGCCUCCAAGGCCUACUUGAACGCCCAUCUGAAGGAGACGGCCGAUCUGGACCGGCAGACCCAUACCAUCUUGAACCCGGGGCUGGCCGGUCCUCCAGAUGCGCCCGAGGUCACCCGGGAGGAGCUGAAGAAUGCCCUACUGGCAGCGCAGGACAGCGCAGCUGUGCAGAUCCUGCUGGAGGUGUGUCUGCCCACCUGCGAGGAGCAGGCACAGGCAGGUGGGGACGACAGCCUACUGUGGGGCUUCCGACACAACUCCGCGCAGGUGAAGAGCGAGGAGGGCGACGAAGACGUGGAGAUGAGGGUGCCCCCCACUGUGGGGGAGUCGUCAGAACGGGGCCUGCUGAGUGACCUGCGUGAGGUGCAGUGCCUCAUCUGUUCUCUGCUGCAUCAGAUGUUCAUUGCUGACCCCAACAUCGCCAAGUUGGUGCACUUUCAGGGAUACCCCCAGGCGUUACUCCCUUUGACAGUGGCAGGGGUUCCCUCCAUGCAUAUCUGCUUGGACUUCAUCCCUGAGCUGCUGGCCCAGCCACAGCUGGAGAAACAGAUAUUUGCAAUCCAGCUCCUGUCCCACCUGUGCACCCAGUACGCCCUACCUAAGUCUCUCAGCGUGGCGCGCCUGGCCAUCAGUGUCAUGGGCACGCUGCUCACAGUUCUGACCCAGGCAAAGAGGUACUCCUUCUUCAUGCCAACCCUGCCCUGCCUGGUAGCCUUCUGCAAAGCCUUCCCCCCGCUGUAUGACGAUGUCGCCGCCCUUCUGGUCCAGGUGGGGCAGGUUUGUGCCUCCGAGGUGGCCACCCGGGCUCGGGACGUGGACCCGCUUAUCACCAGGCUCCAGUACCUGAAAGAGCAGCCGACGGCAGCGGCGGCAGCCUGCAAGCCCAGGGGCCCAGAGGAGCCGCAGUGCAGCGACCCGGCCGUGCAGCUCUGCUAUCGCAUCGAGGCCACCUUCGUGGACAUCAUCAGCUCCACCCUGCAUGGGGAGUGAGCUUCCCCCCGGUGUCUGGAGGUGGCCAGUGGGGCUGGACACCAUCACUGGGGCUGUGGGUAUAGUUCCACGGAAAGGAACUUUCAGCAAGGAAGACUGUUCUCUCUGCUCACAUCGUGUCUUGCCUUUUUGUUUGAUAGCCUCAAUGGGUUUGCUACUGGUCACUUGAGAGCCAUGAUAUUUCAGCAGUUAUCUGCAAAAACUUCUUUUAACAUGGCCUUGUAUUUGUGAGAGUCUGCUAACGGGAUGUACUACCGUGAAGCGCUUAUACCUCGGGGGCGGACAGCUCUUUAAAAAUGGACUGCCAUGCAUUUGUAGACCACACAUCAUUUUCUGUUUCCCCCCCACUGCCUUCUGUAAAUAUUUGAUAUGGAUGUUUUAUAAUUCAGGAAUCUCUUGCCAUCUUUUUAAGUGUUGAGAUGCCAGAGGCUCUGACGGCCGGGUGCUGACGACGGGAUCAGCCUGUUUGGCCGACCUCCCCGCAAACACGUGUUUUUAUAAAUUCAGUUAGCAUCAACAUUUUUGUGAGUAAAAAUUAUUUUGAGUGAUGGACAGUGUCCUGUGUCCAUUGUGUUGGCUUUAAAAAUCAGCUUUCUCUUGGACGUCUGUGCUGUUUGUACCCAAACUGUCCGUCCGCAGUCUCAUCCUUGCGGCAGUGUGACACAGGUGCUUCAAGGCGCUGAGAUUCGCCACGCUCCGUGUUUGGUUGUGGUCUCCGGCCCAGUGUUCGGUCUUCAGGAUUGCUGCUUCUCCUAGACCCACAGUUCAUGCCGACGACGCCCAGGCCAAGGACAGCGUCGUUUUACUCUCACGUUUCUCCCUAGGGCCAAACACAGGCUUCCUGCUUGAUCCUUGCCCUCUAACUAACCCCGGGGAUUAUGUGCUAAAUGGCUUUUAUAUUUUGCUUAGUACCUAUUUGUGUAGCAGUAGUAUGUAUUUUUUUCAUGUAAAAAAAAA